AAAUUACUCUCAUUAAAAAUGUAGUAAAUUACCUCGUGACAUACACCUUGAGACGCAGGCAUCUAACAUACUGCACAUUGAUUGGAGCCUCCAAAAACGCCAUCCAAUCUCACAGAUCAAACGCAGCCAAUCAGCGUCCUCUGGCAGGACGACAGCAAUCAGCGUCCUCUGGCAGGUCCGACGACAGCCAAUCAGCGUCCUCUGGCAGGUUCCGACGACAGCCAAUCAGCGUCGGCAGGGACGACAGCCAAUCAGCGUCCUCUGGCAGGUCCGACGACAGCCAAUCAGCGUCCUCUGGCAGGUCCGACGACAGCCAAUCAGCGUCCUCUGGCAGGUCCGACGACAGCCAAUCAGCGUCCUCUGGCAGGUCCGACGACAGCCAAUCAGUCGACAGCCUCAGCGUGGCAGGUCCGACGACAGCCAAUCAGCGUCCUCUGGCAGCCGACGACAGCCAUCAACGUCAUCUGGCAGGUCGAACAGCCGAUCAGCGUCAUCUGGCAGGUCCGACGACAGCCAAUCAGCAGCAAGGUCAGCGUCUGGCAGGUCGACACACAGCCAAUCAGCGUCCUCUGGCAGGUCCGACGACAGCCAAUCAGCGACUUUCUGGCAGGUCCGACGACAGCCAAUCAGCGACGGUCUAG